AUUCUAGAUCUCGUGCCAACCCUUGCUCGUCUUUAUUUCCGGGAGAAGCUUCCAGUUUCAGUGUCAUAUACCCAGGCUUCUGUUUUGCUCUGCAGUGGCUUGCAGGAGAAAAGUAUCACUUGCAUUCAGGGAGAGAUGAAGUUGGAAAGACAGCAGAUAUUGUCUUUGUUCAUAAAAGUCAUGAAGAAGCUCCACAAACAUCUAUAUGGUAUUGCAUCAAAGGAGAUUGAUUCAAGUCUACCUCGACUGCGAGAAGUUGUGAUGAAACCCCACAGCGUAUCCGUGGACGAAGAUCUUAAUGACGCAGCAAAGGAAGUCAAGGACGAGAUGCAAGCCAAAAUGGAUGGUUUACUGGAUCCAGAGCUCCUCCAACAGUAUGCCAUUGCAGACAAAGAAGUUGAUUUUGAAAAUGCUUUGCAAAACGGAGGAAAGAUAUCCUCGGGCGGUCUAAUUAGCUUAAAGUCGAGCCGAAGUGGGCUGGAAAAACAUGAGAAACAGAAAGAAAGCCACAAAAGUGGGAAGAAAAGAAAUAAGGAAGGCAACAGCUCUAAAUUAAACAAAAAGAGGAAACCUUGA